AUGGAGAUACGCCCUUUUGCCUCCAACACCGAUGCCCACUUCUGUGUGGUCCUUGACUCUUGCCGUUGUGAGAGUUCCUCAGGUGCCAAGGCCAUUCAGCAUCACCUGGACAGAAUCCAGCUACCUGCUCCACCUUCGAUUAGAGGCUCAGAUGUGAAAUCUGCUCAAUCCAAUUUCCAUGAUUUUGUGAAAGUUCUGCAGAGUGACCCAGUUGGGAAAGAUCUGUUCUUUCAGGAGGUGUUUCCAGAGUAUGAGCCCAAGAUUGACCUCCAAAUGCGAAGUCUCAUCUCUAGAUUUGUAUCCAGACUAGAGGAGUUUCUUCCCACAUCCCGCAUUGACCAGGUUGCUGCCAUGCUGGUUGAGGUUCCAUCUGUGAUGGAGGAAUGCUUCCAAACCCUUUCACACCCACACAAAUUGCUGAGCUCCAUCAGCCAUCUCAAAAGUCAUGCAGACAUUGACACAAGUGAAGACCAUAUUUACGGAUCUCCAUCGCCACAGCCUCUUGGAGAGGAAGACUGCAUUUUCUCCUUUCUUUCUCAUCCUCCUCUGCUUCAGUUGGACGUAGGCAGCAAUGAGAUUCCAACCGCAGCUAAGUCAUCGUUUCUUGAAGAGGAUACAGUAGAGUGCGAAGAAGUGAGCAGUUUGGCCACUGAGUCCUACUUUGUGGAUGACAAGCGUGAAACGGAACUCGGAGACAAAACUGACAAAACAGUGGUCAAAACCGAAGGCCAGGAAGACCAUGUUAAGAGACACGGCGACCACGAAGAAGAGAAGGUGUGUGGGAGCACAAAAAAUGAUGAAAACAUUGACCAGCAACGACAACUCGUUGUCAGACUUGAAAGAAUUGAUAUCACCGGUAUACCAUUGCCGCCACCUUUGCCCAGACAAAGCAAAAGACCUCGGAAGCAAAAACUGAGCUUCCUCCAAGCAAAAUAUGAAGGGCAGCAGAUCAGUUGGAUCUCACCAAUUGACAACGAGUCCGAUCUGCCGCCAAAGUCUCAGCACUCAGUCCCAAUUGCAAAAAGACCCAAGACAGGUAAUUUGCCCUGUACACAUAAAGACUACCCGAUAAAACAUUCAAAACACAUCCCUCCUCCUUUAACUCAUUGGAUAAUGACAUCCACAGCCAAAGAACAUAAAGCUUUGCCGUUAAAAUACUGAAAUCCGAAAAGCUUGAAGUUCAUACCUGCAAAAGAAGCAGACCUGAAGUGAAAAAUCUGUAUUUCCACUCAAUUUGUUAAAUAAAAAUUACAGGGUUCCCAAUGGUCAUGGAAUUUGUGGAAUAUCAUGGAAUUU